UUGGGGGGCAGCUUGGUUGUCAGGCCCGGGGGGUGGCACCUGUGGAAGAUGGGGGGCACAGUGGGCAGGAGGCUCCAGCUGCCCCGCUCUGAGCAUCCCUGGCAGGAAGGGGCUGCCAUGCAGGGAGCCGGAGCCUGGACUGCGCCAGGGCAGGUGGGUUAGAGGGGACCCAGCGCCCCACAUGCUGGCGAGUGAUCAACAGCGGGGAGGUGGGGAGAUGCUGAUCUGCCAGGGCCCCUCAGGUGAGCUGGGGAGGGGCUUAUCUGGGGGACGGGGGUUGCCAGUGCCACCUCGAGGCAGGAGGGACUAUCCUGAGCUCAGCAGUGGGUUCCCUCUUGCCCCUCAGAGCCCUGUGGGUGGCCGAGUUGCCCCUGGCCUAGCAGAGCCGCCUGCGGGGGGCUGAGGCGCGGACAGCCUGACCUGAGGAGAUGCUGCUUUCAGCCACGGCGGAGCAAUGGGAAUCGCAGGACAGUGGCUCAGCGACCUCGACAGGGGUGGCCGCCACUCCCAGCGCCAUGUGUCACCUGAGCCCCCUGCCGGCGGCGAGGGAGGAGGAGACCCAGCUGACGAGCGCCCGCCGGCUCUGGGCCUUGCUCCGGGCGGGCAUCCAGGCCACUAUGGAGAAGAUGAAGAAGGAAGAGCUGAAGGCUGCUCAGCUGACCCACGGUCUCCAGCACCUGCGUCACCUCAGCUUCCCGCAGCCCGUGCGCCAGGUUGCCUACAACAGCAGUGCCAGCCUCUUUGUGGUCCUGGAUGCGGAGAGCCAGCUGCACCUGCACAAGGAGGACGGCUGGUUCAGCCACAGCACCCAGGCCCCGGAGCCCAUCGCGGGCUUGCUCUACGCCACCCAGGUCAACAAGUACGUGGCCUGGGACCAGGGAAGCCUGCAGGUGCUGAGCCCAGACUUCGAGGUCCUCUCCAAGGUGCUGGCUCCGCAUGGCAUCCGUUGCUGCCACUACGGCCCAGAGCUCAAUCAGGUGGUGACAGCUGGAGCGGGCAGCCUGUCCGUCUGGGCCUUCCGCUAUGGAUUCCGCCAGCUGCAGUGCCAGGCCACCGUGCAGCAGGGCCUGUCCCCUCGCGACACCUUCAGCCGGCUGGCCCUGGACACCGGCAUCCCCCAGACAUGCUUUGCUGCCUGCGGCACCGGGGUUGCUGUCUUCAACCUCUCCCAGGGGGAGCUACUGACCUUCCAGAGGGACCUUCACAACAGGGCCAUCACUGACAUCGCCUAUUGCGAGGCGGGGGUGUGUGUGGUGACCGCCUCCCGCGACACCACCAUCAAGGUCUGGGACAAGAAGUGGCUGAUCCAGACAAUCUUCGUGGGACACACCGGGCCUGUGACCGCUGUGACCAUCUACCCGCAGGGGCCCUUCAUCCUCUCUGCCUCCCAGGACGGCACCAUUCGCACCUGGAACCUGCAGACCAUUGACCAGGUGGACGAAGUGCAGGUGGCCGAGGUGGUGGAGCAGCUGCAGACGCACCCGGAGGGGGGGUACGUGGUCUCGCUGUCCGGCUCCACCAUGGACCUUUGGAAGGUCAACCAGCUCUAUUCCCUGCACACCUGGCUGGGUGCCGCCGUGACGCGCCUCUGUACCGUCGACCUGAGCGCCGUGGGCAGCUUCCCGGUGCGAGUUGCGUGCGCCUGCCAGGACUCCACCGUGCGGCUCGUGGCCGCGCACACCGGCCGCAUCCUCUCCACGCUGCUGCUGGACAGGCCCUGCCAGGCCGUGGAGGUGGCCUACUGCCUGCCCAAGGAGACCCUCUUUGUGCUGCUGGAGCUGGGCCAGCUCCUGAGGGUGAACACCGCUGUCAACCCCAUGAGCGUCAAGAAGACUGUGGUGCCCUGGAGCGAGUCGGCGCGGCCCCGCUGCCUGCUCCUCUACAGCCACCUCGUGGACCCCGAGAAGGCCUAUGCCCAGUGGCGGGAGAUCAUGGAGCAGAAAGGGGACAAGAAGUCCUGGACACAUCUCCCGCUAAAGCUGCAGGACAAAAACAGGUACCUGCCAGUUCUGGGGCAGGAGGACGGCUCACUCUGCGUGCUUCAGUGGUUCACCGGGCGCGUUCAGUACCAGGUGAAGGCUCAUGGCUCAGAGAGGGUGACCGCGCUGGCUGCCUGCCCCCACGACAGCUGUAUCAUCUCAGCUGGUGGCGAUUGCACGGUGAAAGUCUGGCGCAUCUUCCCCUACAUUGACGAGUGCCUGACCCUGCUGCUGAGCUUCUCCUGCCAGCACCCCGUGCUGCACAUGUGCCUGCUGGGCUCCAAGCUGGGCACCGCCAUCCAGGACCCCGAGACCGCCACCUACAGCAUCGUCCAGUACGACCUGCUGGCCCAGAGCUGCCAGGAGCACAGCCCCGAGGAUGACCCGCUGGACGAGAUCACAGGCCUGUGCUGCUGUCCCACGCUGAAGCUCUUUGCAUCGGCCAGCAGGGAUGGGUCGGUGAAGGUCUGGAACGCCCAAAACCAGCUACUCAGGCACCUCAAGCUGAACACGAUCCCGGAGAGCCUGGCCUUUGGGAACGAGUGCGGGGACCUGCUGCUGGGCGUGGAGCAGCAUCUGCACCGCAUACACCACAGCAAGUACCUGCCCAGGCUGUAUCUCACCAAGCUGCUGUGCAUGAGCCUCCUAGACCCCGUGCAGGACGCUCCUUUCCCCAUCAGCGAGGGCUCACUGCGGCCCCUUAACAAGGACGCCAGACAACGGUUGCUCCUGGACCCUCGUUCCCUCUCUGUCAAGCUGUGCGUGCCGCUGCUCCCCUGGAAGCUCAAGAAGGAUGAGGACUACUCUUGGGUGCGCCAGGAGAAGGAGGAGGCCUGUGCCCAGCUGGCCGCGAGGGACCAGGAUCUGCUCCUCAUUCAGCAGGGGAAGCUCUCCGCCGCCAGGAAGCCCAGGCUGCACAAGAAGCUGCAGGACGAGGCCUUUGAACGCUACAUGCAUCUUGUCUACAGGCAGCCACCGAGGAUCCAGAUCCCCCACACCGAUUCCUUUGAUGCAGACGUGAUUCUGGAGGCCUGUCUCCUUGGCCCACUGGUACCGAAACUCUACGGCCUGGCUGCUUCUCACAUGUUCCUAGGGGCCUUCCCUGAGGGUGCCGAGGAGGACGCGGAACGUCCGCUGAUCAAGGCUCCCGCGGCAGAUGGGGUUUGCCGAGAGGACGCCCUGGAGCCUCCCGCAGGCCGGGGCUCACCUUUAGGGCUUCCAACCCCCAGCACUUCUCGAGGGCUGGAAGACUCCCUGCGCCGCACCUCGCUGGCAAGGAUCCGGAGUCAGAUAUCCCAGGCUCCCGCGGCAGAUGGGGUUUGCCGAGAGGACGCCCUGGAGCCUCCCGCAGGCCGGGGCUCACCUUUAGGGCUUCCGACCCCCAGCACUUCUCGAGGGCUGGAAGACUCCCUGCGCCGCACCUCGCUGGCAAGGAUCCGGAGUCAGAUAUCCCAGGCUCCCGCGGCAGAUGGGGUUUGCCGAGAGGACGCCCUGGAGCCUCCCGCAGGCCGGGGCUCACCUUUAGGGCUUCCGACCCCCAGCACUUCUCAAGGGCUGGAAGACUCCCUGCGCCGCACCUCGCUGGCAAGGAUCCGGAGUCAGAUAUCCCAGGCUCGCCAGGAGGCCGCGGCAGCCAGUGAGAGCCAAUGCACCGGCAGCCACAGCCGGUCACCUUCACAGCAGAUCACCAAAGUCAACAGCCAUGGCCCCUCCGCGUCUCAGGUCAGCAGUCAGACGUCCAAGGAGUUGUCCCAUCUGCAGGUCCGCAGGCUGUCAUCCGGCUUCCUGCCCAAUUCGGUGGUGAUGCAGCAGUUCCGGAGCCAGGAUGACAUAGAGUCUUCGAGGGAAUCGCUGCAGGCCACGUGGCUGGAAGUGCAACAGGGUCAGGUGGAGAGGGCAGGCCCUGAGCGCGGCAAGGAGCGGCAGGGCGCCGAGGAGGAAGAGGACGAGGCGGCCAGGACAACGGCGAUUCUAGAGAAGAUAUCCGUUUCCCUGCCUGUCCCCAAGUGGAAGGAGAGUGUGACGAGUUUUUUCCUGACGCAGCCGGAUGAGUUUGAGCAGCCCCAGGCCUCUGCCUCUGGAGGCGAGAUACCAUCCUUCAUCCUCCAGUUCGAGGACACAGAAUGGUUCAGGCAGAUCUACCCCGUCCUCAGCUCAAUGGAUUCCCUGCAGGGACUGAGCAUGAGCGGGUUUGUGCGCCAGCUCCUGGAGGCGCUGCUCUCCGUGGAUUACAGUGCAAAGACUUACAUAGUCCAGGCCAUCCUAACGCUGCAUGAGCAGGUCGGGGUGGAGAACGGCCGUGAGGUCUGCAAGGCCCUGCUGCUCAUCCUGAACAAGAGCGACCCGCCCAAACUGCAGGAAAAGAUGCAGAAAAAGUUUGUCCUGACCUCCCUGAAUGCCCUCAUGGCCUUCUGCAGAGACAGUAAGGAGCUGCUGCUGGAGCUUAUGGCAUACUUCCUGCACAGUCCCAUCUCCAGCAGGCAGUCCAUUAAGGCUCUUUUCAUAGAGCUGGGCCUGGAGGAUCCACAUCGCUAUUUCUACCAGGAGAUGGACUCUUGGGACCUUUCCAGGGAGAAGCCUGUCACCAAGGCAGCGCUGAGGAGAAUCUGCGCACAGUGGCUUGAAGGAGCGAUGCAGGAUUUCCAGGAUCACAGGAGCAGCGUGCUGGAGCCGUUGCAGGCACGGGUGGGGAAAAGGCGCUUCUCUGACAGCAGCCCAGAGGCUAAGACAGCUGCAGGCAGGAGCAAGGUUUUUCCAUCUGCUGGCAGCUCAGAGCUGUCACUGGGGCCAAUAGACGCAAUAAACCAUUUCUGUAAAGUGCAAAUGAAGAGGGAUUUGGAGAAUCUGAAACAGCCAAAAUCUGCUGGAGCACAGGAAACCAAGAACACAGUGAUGGCCUUGCCUUUCAUUGGGAGGAGCCAGGCCAUCUUGCGGCUAGGAGAGACCAACACUAUGGCGCGAAGGAGACCAUCCCAGCGUUUCUACCUUCCGCGCAUUUUUCCACUCCCUUUGUUGACGGGAUUUGUACAUGCUAUUAAAUUGCCAGUGCCAAGAAUCAACCUGAACCCAUUUCCACCUGAUUCUGACACGCCAGCUUCACAAAAUACAUUCAUCUCCAUGCAUCAGAAAGUCCAGAAAUAUUUCAUCCCAAAGUUCUCACUUGCAGAUAGCUAUCCCUGAAGACAUGGCUACCCAAGAUGGCUCUGCAUCGGCCUGACUCCCAGACUUGAUAAUGAGCAGAGGCCAUUGAAUGCAGAAUGAUAAUGGGCUCUUCUAGGUCUGGCUAUAAGGAAACUAAAUAAACUGUAGUCUAUAUGUAUGGUAAAGAUGGGAGGCCCAGCUGAGAGUUAUACACCAACAACUGGAUGGAGCAAGCCACACAAAACAAAACGCACUGGGGAAAUAAUAAAUGUGGAAUCAGGAUUGUUCUAGUCAAUA